AUGAAGUUCACUACUGGAGCUGCAGCUUUGGCCCUUUUGGCUACUCAGUCAAUUGCUUCUCCAACGAAUGGACACGGCCAUAACAAGAGACCAAAGGGCUUUCCUUAUGCGGAUGGAGAGCACUUCAAGCUUGAUGGCAAGCCAUUCCUCUUCGCUGGAAGCAAUGCCUACUGGUUCCCAUUCAUCAACAGUCCCCCAGAUGUCAAGAUAGCGAUGCAAACUGCCGUCAAGGCCGGACAGAAAGUGAUUCGAACAUGGGCAUUCAACGACAAGAAUGAGACAUUCGUCCCCGGCGGCCUCCCACAAUAUGGCGGCGAAGGUGCCGGAGCUUCACCUGUAUACUUCCAAUCAUGGAAAGAUGGAAAGGCUACAAUCAACUACGGUCCUAACGGUCUGCAAGCUAUGGACAAAGUCGUCAAGCUCGCCGAACAAACAGGCGUCAAGCUUAUCAUGGCUCUGACAAACAACUGGGCCGACUACGGUGGCAUGGACAUGUACACAGUCAACCUGGGAGGAAAAUAUCAUGACGACUUCUACCACGUCCCUAAGAUCGUCAAGGCCUUCAAGAAGUACGUCAAGGCCGUUGUGUCCCGCUACAAAGACUCACCUGCGAUCUUUGCCUGGGAACUCGCCAACGAGCCACGCUGCAAAGCAGACGGUGUGCGUAACCUGCCGCGCUCAGAAGGUACGAACUGCUCGUACGUUAUGAUGGAUGCGUGGAUUGCGGAGAUGGGGAAAUACAUCAAAGAUAUUGAUGAACAUCAUAUGGUUACUUGGGGUGGAGAGGGAGAGUUCUUCUAUGAAGGCGCGGAGGAUUGGGCGUAUGCUGGCUCGGAUGGAGGGAAUUUCUAUGCUGAGUUGGCGAUCGAUGAGAUGGAUUUCGGGACAUUCCAUCUCUACCCUGAUUGGUGGAGUAAGACUGUUGAGUGGGCCAAUCAGUGGAUCAUCGACCACGGUAAGGCGCAGAAGAAAUUGAAGAAGCCGGUUCUGUUCGAGGAAUAUGGGUUCUUAAAUCCGGCUGAUAGGCUGGCGUGGUUGAACCGCACAGUAGCGGCGAAUGAGACGAGAGUGGCGGUCAUGAGCGAGUGGCAGAGGUUGAGCUUGAAGUAUGAGAUGUCAGAUAUGUAUUGGCAGCUCGGGCUUUGUGGUUUGAGCUUCGGGUGCAGUACGAAUGAUGGGUUUACAAUUUAUGUGAAUAAUACAGAGGAGGCGAAGCCGUUGAUUUAUGACCAUGCGAAGAAGGUAAAUGCUGCGAAUACGAAGCUGAGAGAUUGA